GCUUUGUUGUGUCAACAGGUGCAGGACAAUGAAACAUCCAAAUACAGGAUGAAGUCUUCACCUUCUUCAACUUGGCUCUUUUCGCUUGUGCUUUGUUGUGUCGACAGGUGUCGACAUGACAAUGAAUCGGGUUUAAACGAUGGUUUACUCGAGUCUAAUUGGAGCAAAGGUCGCAAGUGGGAAUGCGAGAGCAGUGUACCACCAGCCCUACUGGUCGAAAGAGUCACGCUCUCAGGCUGCAUCAGUCCCAAGCGCGCCGCUUGGCCCCUGCUCCCGCUCAUAUUUAUGCAGGUACCUGGCGCUGACGGAAAGACUUCACCCACGUCUACUCCGUCUCGCCAGGUACGCUUGAUUCAAUUCUCUCCCUCAAGUUUACUUACCUACUCUACUCCGUCUCGCCAGCUGUUGUUGCGUCUUUCUGAAUAA